UUUGUUUUAUUUCUGAUUAAAUAUGUGAAUAUGACGUUUUUGAAAAAAUGUUGUUCCUGCAUUCCGCAGCGCUACUUCCUCUGUGUGUUUAUAGUGCUGGGGAUGGUCGUCUGUUACCUGAUGAGAGGAUCUUUGAUACUGGCGCUCAACGAGAUGACCUUUCGGAUAAACAAGACUGUAGAGACCACCGAGAAGCACCAGUUCUGUCCCAUGGAGGAAGGGGGGGAAGGGAAAAAGCAAAAGGAGCAGACUAGAGCAGAGUUCCACUGGGACCAGAGGCUGCAGCACGACAUCAUCAAGUCGCUGUAUAUCGGGUACAUAUUAGCUCACUUACCAGCUGGUAUAAUAGCGGAUAUUAUCGGGGGCAAGCAAGUGUUCGGCGGUGGUAUCCUAGUGUCUGCCUUCGUCUCUCUGGGAACCCCUCCUUUGGCACGCCUCAGCCCGUACGCCGUCAUGGGAGGACGCAUCGUCCAAGGAUUUGGACAGGGGUGUAUGUUUCCUAGCACCAGCGCUCUGGUGGCCAAAUGGGCUCCUCCGAACGAGCGGUCCACAAUGACAGGAAUUGUACAAACUGGUGUGAUGUUUGGUAAUGCUAUCAGCUACGCGACAUCUGGGUUCAUUCUGGGAGCAUUUCCCACCUGGGAGCCUAUCUUCUACAUUGUAGGAAUUAUCGCUCUGAUGUGGUGUCUCGGUUGGUACCCCUUGUGUUAUAGCGCUCCCGCCAAUCACCCUUUUGUCACGGAAAAGGAGAAGACAAUGAUCGAGACGCAGAUCCGAGCCAACAUGAAGCAGAAACCUAGGAGUAUUCCGUGGAAAAGUAUCUUGACGUCUUUACCAUUUUUAUCAGCCGUGAUGAUAAACUUUGCCCACGCUUGGGCUCUCUUCACGAUGCUCAACGAAAUGCCAAAUUACAUGGGCAAAGUCCUCAACUUCUCUAUUCAGAAAAGUGGUGUGUUUGCAGCCCUGCCCCAUAUUGCCAUGAUUCCAACCUCUAUCGGCUGCGGAUACCUCUCUGAUUGGAUCCUCAGGAAGAACCUCAUGAGCAUCACACUCAACAGGAAGAUUUUCUCAUUCGCCGCAAACACGCUCCCUAUCCCAUUCAUGCUGAUGGCAUCGUUCGCUGGCUGCAACCGCCCAAUGGUCGUCAUUUACUUUAUGAUAAUGAUGUUCUUCAAAGGCAUUAUAUACUCUGCUUGCAGAGUGCAGCCUGUCGACUUGAGUCCGAACUUCGCUGGUGUACUGAUGGGUAUCAUGAAUGGAAUUGGAUCUUUUGCUGGCCUACUGUCGCCCGUUGUCACACCUUUCUUUCUGCACACUGGCGACGGGAGCAUAGAAGAGUGGCGCAACGUCUUCUACGUGGCCGCAGUCAUAAUGACCCUGUUCUCCAUCCCUUUCUUGUUCUUCGGUUCUGGCGAGGUGCAGCCUUGGAAUAACGCAGAAAUUGAUCCGGAACAAGAGGCUGCUCCAGAGUCCUCAGAUGCUGACAAACCUGCUGAGGAAACCAAACCAACUUGAAUAAAGAAUGGGUUGAUGACAUCGGUCACUUUUGGCGUUAAUAUCACAUCUGCUUUUAUAUUAAAUUCAUUUAUAUAGAU